AGUAUAGUUCAGAUUAUUUGAUGGAAUGAAGAAGUAGAAAAGAACUGGAUGACCAAAUUUCAGACCCCACUUUCAAAUUCAAUCCACUUCUCACUCAUUAUCUUAUCAAUCUCGAGUUUCAUUCAUAUUUCUUCAGGUUUAAAAGAAGCACGUGAUUCACUCAAACCCACAGUUUCAAGCACAGCAUUAUUAGAUGACGAAGAAGUAGUCCCAAAUAACUUAGUGGUCCGAGAUCUCUCAGAUUCAUCUCAGUACUCCAACUUGUGUGACCCAGUGGAGUGGAGUGAGUGGAGCGAGUGUGAUGGGUCUUGUGGAGAAGAUGGUCUCUCCAGCAGGCACCGGACUAGAAUUGAUUGUCGUGAGGAUGAACAGGGAAGAAUUUGCUCUAAGAUUUGUAGCAGUAUCGAUAAGAAUUCAAAGGAUUUAUUAGUUGAUGAGUUCGAAAAUGAAACAAAUACAUCUGAUGAUGCAGAAGUCGAAGCUGCCAGAAGCGAUUUCAUUGAGAGCGAAACAAGUGGACAUGAAGACGGAGUAUAUGUUCCUGGGCAGCCUGACAGGAACUAUUUUGAGGAAGAUAUACAGUACGAGCUUGACGAGCUACAGGAUAUGGGAUACGAUUUUGAGAAUUCAUUUAUAGGUCGUGCUGAUGAAAGUGUCGGCACAUCUGUUAGCAGUGGUAAAGAUGCGUAUGGCAGUGAUGUAAAUGAUGGUUCCUCUGCAGAUUAUCUCAGCUCAGAAUUUAUUGAUGAUGGUAUCGGUGCUCAAUGGGAACACUAUAAUGAAUAUAAUCAUGACCCAGAUGGUUCUAUUGAUAAUGGUUUCAUGCCCCACGACCAGGCUCUGGAUAGUAACAUGGUGACUGAGCAUUAUGUGAGUUUAGCGAGUAACAGUGUUGAAUUAAGUGAUGAACAAAUUGAUGUUGCUUAUUAUAAUGAAAAUAGUAGCAAUGAUUUCGGCGAUAAAGAAGUUGACAAUGGUUUAGAUUAUGAGCGAAUGUUUGAAAAUAGCUUGCAGAAAAGUGCACCAAAGACCAAAGAUUACUAUACGGUCGAAGAGAUCUUUAAACUGAACACUGAGGCACCACCACUAAAUCCAGAGGAAAUGAUAAAUAUGCUCGGCACUAGCAAUGACUUGCGACAAGAGCCCGAUCAAAAUGAUGAUUAUAAAGAAGAAAAAUUGACUGAAGACGAAGAAAGUGUUCUCAUGGCCAUGCUAGAGGACAAAUUGCAAUUUAGGGAGAAUCUGGAUGAUAUGGAGAUACUAAAGUUAUCAAAUGAAUUGUAUUUAGAAAAUCUGGAUAUUCUGGAAGAUGAAAAGUUAGAGAACCUACAAAGCAGAAAUGCUGAACCCAUUCAUAAACUGGAAACAAGGUAUUCGGAUAACGAUGAAAUUUGUAUCAAUCUGUGGAAAACCGGCGAAACCACACCUGGCACCUGGACAGAAUGUUGUGACGACAUGAACUACCGCUUCAUGUUCGAGUCAAUUAAAUCUCCCCCUCCUGGGCUAACGUGUCCCCCCAAGAUAAGGAGGUUGAAGUGUUGGAAUUGGGAGAGAAAGGAUUGUGGUUACUGUGCGUACGAGGAGUGGGGCAAGUGGGGAGGGUGUUCUUCUGAGUGUGCUGGUGGGAAGAUGUCCAGAUAUCGUGUUGUCUUACAAGGAGGUGGUCACUGUGACGAAGUUGCAGAAACCAGCACGUGCAACUCACACCCGUGUGAGUGUGAUGUCUCAACGUGGUCCAAGUGGAGUAAAGAGUGUUCAUCUGACUGUCAGAAUGCUCGCUCUACUGAUAUCCGAUCCCGCCAAAGGAUUGUAGUAAAGAACCCAGGGAAUGUAACAUGUCCGGUAUUGUUUGAAGAGGAACUGUGCGAUCUAAAGAGGGAUUGUAGCUGUGUGUAUGAGGAGUGGGGAACGUGGGGAGAAUGUUCUGCGGAGUGUACCGGUGGGAACAUGACCAGAUAUCGUGUUGUCUUACAAGGAGGUGGUCACUGUGACGAAGUUGCAGAAACCAGCACGUGCAACUCACACCCGUGUGAGUGUGAUGUCUCAACAUGGUCCAAGUGGAGUAAAGAGUGUUCAUCUGACUGUCAGAAUGCUCGCUCUACUGAUAUCCGAUCCCGCCAAAGGAUUGUAGUAAAGAACCCGGGGAAUGUAACAUGUCCGGUAUUGUUUGAAGAGGAACUGUGCGAUCUAAAGAGGGAUUGUAACUGUGCGUAUGAGGAGUGGGGAAAGUGGGGAGAAUGUUCUGCGGAGUGUGCUGGUGGGAACAUGACCAGAUAUCGUGUUGUCUUAAAAGGAGGUGGUCACUGUGGCGAAGUUGCAGAAACCAGCACGUGCAACUCACACCCGUGUGAGUGUGAUGUCUCAACGUGGUCCAAGUGGAGUAAAGAGUGUUCAUCUGACUGUCAGAAUGCUCGCUCUACUGAUAUCCGAUCCCGCCAAAGGAUUGUAGUAAAGAACCCAGGGAAUGUAACAUGUCCGGUAUUGUUUGAAGAGGAACUGUGCGAUCUAAAGAGGGAUUGUAACUGUGCGUAUGAGGAGUGGGGAAAGUGGGGAGAAUGUUCUGCGGAGUGUGCUGGUGGGAACAUGACCAGAUAUCGUGUUGUCUUAAAAGGAGGUGGUCACUGUGGCGAAGUUGCAGAAACCAGCACGUGCAACUCACACCCGUGUGAGUGUGAUGUCUCAACAUGGUCCAAGUGGAGUAAAGAGUGUUCAUCUGACUGUCAGAAUGCUCGCUCUACUGAUAAACGAUCCCGCCAAAGGCACGUGAUUAAGAACCCAGGCAAGGUGACAUGUCCGGACCUGUUUGAGGAGGAACUCUGCGAUCUAAGCAGAUGUUGUGCUUACACCAACUGGGGAGAGUGGGAGGGGUGUGUUAAUAUUUGUGGGGAUGUAGAGGGAGCUGUGUUCAUGAAACAUCGCAUGGUGACUAGUGUUUGGAUUGAAGAUCAGUGUAGUACAAAUUUGAUGGAGGUUAAGUUUGAAAAGGGACUUCAACCAGAGUGUCCUUUUAAGUGCCCGGUUGACCCAGACAAGUGUUACGUGUCAGAGUGGACUGAAUAUGGUCCAUGUUCUCUCUCCUGUAUAAACGGACUCUACAAAACGCGUGAGACUCCCUAUAAAACGCGUGAGCGUAAAGUACUGGUGACCACGCCCAUCCUGCCGUGCCCUGUGCUGAGUGAGAGAAAGGAGUGCGAUGUGCCUCCCUGUAAUCAUACUUGUCAGGUGACCGAAUGGUCUGAGUGGUCUGAGUGUGACGCAGAAUGUGGUCCAGGACAACAGACCCGAACUCGGAAAGUAGUGGGAAGGAUAUGGGAGACAGUACCGUGUCCUGACCUAAAGGAACGUAAGGAAUGUGGAGCAGUAGAUCUAGUGGGCGUCUCCAUGACCAGCCCGGACAGAUACACAUUCAGCAUUAACAAAGGACGUCUAACAAAAGGUAGUGGGAUCAAGAUAAAAGGAGCAUUUUCUGGUAGAUAUCGCGGGGUUGUGGGAGUUAACCUUCUCACUAACUCUGGAGAUACUGUCUGCAGGAUUGCACUGAGAUUCGAUGGUUCGGAAGAGGAAGUUAAAACCUUAGGAGAAAAGAAAAUAGCUUUUUACACAGUUUACAGCGGAAAGAAGCAACUUCUAGAACCCUCCUUCGACAUGUUUAACUACAACAGGGGGGAGAUGAUCCUCAAUCUUAAAGUAGAAGACACGUUCAGACUUGAUAUAGACCAGGAUGGAAAAGUCAGGAGGAUAAUAUCUCAGAUACCCGCCUACAACUCCAAUCUUGUUACCAAGAUAGAACUAGAGCGCAUACACCCUUUUACCUUGAAUUGGGAGAAUCACUUGAGCAUUACCGAUGCUAGAUGCGAAGUGAUAGAUUGCAAGGUAACAGAGUGGAGCGAGUGGGAACUGGUCUACGAUACUAGAGUUCGUACUCGCCGUAUAGAGGUGUACCCUACUCGUAGUGGACAGCAGUGUCCUCUACUUCAACAGGUAGUUCCCUGUUCAGAUGGGUUGUGUCCUGGAAGAGACUGUGAAGUCAGUGAAUGGACAGGCUGGAGUGAGUGCCCUGUCUCUUGUGUUGAUCUGGAGACAGAUAUUAUUAAUGUAACCAGGAAACGCGCUAUCAUCACUAGACCCGAUCAUAGAGGAAAAGAGUGCCCUGGACUAGUUGAAACUAAACCCUGUGAUCCCGUACCCUUACCCUGUACAAGUAAAACUGACUGCAAAGUCAGUGAGUGGAGCCCGUGGGCAUUCGGGUUUGUUGAAGAAGGAGCUGUUAUACAAGAAAGGAUGCGGACGAUUAUUACUGAACCUGAAAAUGGCGGGAAGAUAUGUCCAGAUCAGUGGCAGUUCCGAGACUGUUCUGAAGAAACGUGUUUACUAGACUGCAGACUUUCCCAAUGGACCAUCUGGGGAGAAUGUUCGGGAAGUUGUAUCUCUGAUGAGAAUAUACCAAUCACAACUAGAAGAAGAACGAUAGUUCAACAGCCCAUAAACGGUGGGAAACAGUGCGAAAAGACACUGGAAGAAACACAACAUUGUGAAAAACUCUCCGAAUGCGAGAAAGAGGAGGAAAAGGAAAAUGAAAAGAAAAAGAAAGAAAACGAGGCAGAGGAACAAGAAAAGGAAAGGAAAAAGAAAGAGGAACAGGAAAAACAAAAGAAAGAAAAAGAGGCUGCUGACGAAAAGGAAAGGAAAAAGAAAGAGGAACAGGAAAAACAAAAGAAAGAAAAAGAGGCUGCUGACGAAAAGGAAAGGAAAAAGAAAGAGGAACAGGAGAGACAAAAUAAAGAAAAAGAGGCUGCUGACGAAAAGGAAAGGAAAAAGAAAGAGGAACAGGAGAGACAAAAGAAAGAAAAAGAGGCUGCAGACGAAAAGGAAAGGAAAAAGAAAGAGGAACAGGAGAGACAAAAGAAAGAAAAAGAGGCUGCUGACGAAAAGGAAAGGAAAAAGAAAGAGGAACAGGAAAAACAAAAGAAAGAAAAAGAGGCUGCUGACGAAAAGGAAAGGAAAGAGAAAGAGGAACAGGAGAAACAAAAGAAAGAAAAAGAGGCUGCUGACGAAAAGGAAAGGAAAAAGAAAGAUGAACAGGAGAGACAAAGAAAAGAAAAAGAGGCUGCUGACGAAAAGGAAAGGAAAAAGAAAGAGGAAAAGGAGAGACAAAAGAAAGAAAAAGAGGCUGCUGACGAAAAGGAAAGGAAAGAGAAAGAGGAACAGGAAAAACAAAAGAAAGAAAAAGAGGCUGCAGACGAAAAGGAAAGGAAAGAGAAAGAGGAACAGGAAAAACAAAAGAAAGAAAAAGAGGCUGCAGACGAAAAGGAAAGGAAAAAUAAAGAGAAACAGGAGAAAGAAAAGAAAGAAAAAGAGGCUGCAGACGAAAAGGAAAGGAAAAGGAAAGAGGAACAGGAAAAACAAAAGAAAGAAAAAGAGGCUGCAGACGAAAAGGAAAGGAAAAAGAAAGAGGAACAGGAGAAAGAAAAGAAAGAAAAAGAGGCUGCUGACGAAAAGGAAAGGAAAAAGAAAGAGGAACAGGAGAAACAAAAGAAAGAAAAAGAGGCUGCUGACGAAAAGGAAAGGAAAAAGAAAGAGGAACAGGAAAAACAAAAGAAAGAAAAAGAGGCUGCUGACGAAAAGGAAAGGAAAAGAAAGAGGAACAGGAGAGACAAAAUAAAGAAAAAGAGGCUGCUGACGAAAAGGAAAGGAAAAAGAAAGAGGAACAGGAGAGACAAAAGAAAGAAAAAGAGGCUGCAGACGAAAAGGAAAGGAAAAAGAAAGAGGAACAGGAGAGACAAAAGAAAGAAAAAGAGGCUGCUGACGAAAAGGAAAGGAAAAAGAAAGAGGAACAGGAGAGACAAAGAAAAGAAAAAGAGGCUGCUGACGAAAAGGAAAGGAAAAAGAAAGAGGAACAGGAGAGACAAAAUAAAGAAAAAGAGGCUGCUGACGAAAAGGAAAGGAAAAGGAAAGAGGAAAAGGAGAGACAAAAGAAAGAAAAAGAGGCUGCUGACGAAAAGGAAAGGAAAGAGAAAGAGGAACAGGAAAAACAAAAGAAAGAAAAAGAGGCUGCAGACGAAAAGGAAAGGAAAAAGAAAGAGAAACAGGAGAGACAAAAGAAAGAAAAAGAGGCUGCUGACGAAAAGGAAAGGAAAAAGAAAGAGGAACAGGAGAGACAAAAGAAAGAAAAAGAGGCUGCUGACGAAAAGGAAAGGAAAAAGAAAGAGGAACAGGAAAAAGAGGCUGCUGACGAAAAGGAAAGGAAAAGGAAAAAGAAAAAGAAAGAGGAAAAGGACCAGGACCAGGACCAGGACCAGGACCAGGACCAGGACCAGGACCAGGACAAGGAUAAACAGGAUGAAGAAGAAGAUUGUCUGAUAACUGAUUGGUCGCAAUGGACGCUCUGCGAUAAGCCUUGUGGCGACGGGGAACAGCGUCGAUCACGUAUCCACGAAGCUCAUGAA